GACAUGGAGUGAAGUAGCAAUUAUCAUCCUGCUUCUUCUUUUUUUUGUUCCUCCACUUCAUUUCCUCCUUCAUCGUUCUUUCCAGACACACAUUAUUCGCAUCUAAACCCCAAAAUAUGCUACUCUCUGCAUGCAGCCGCGCGCAAGAACGGUCAGUUGGCCUCCGUCAGUCUUCCAUCGCGCGCCUGUCCACAUCAACAAGUCCCGCUGUGUGUUGUGAUUCUUCCCAUUCGCGCACGCCAUGGCUCACUGGCUCAGCUGCCUCAUGCUGCUAAUUGGCACGAUGGCUUCUGUCGUGGCUUUCAAUGGAUACUACACAAUCCUAGCGCCAAAACACAUCCACCCCCAUUCAGUCUACAAUGUUUCCGUAUCAACGCAUGCAACGGAUGAAUGGCAAACCCUGAGGGUUGAUCUGCACGGAUAUCCCUUUGGGAGUACGCAGAAUUUUUCAGUUUCAAAACUAAUUAAUAUGGCCCCAAAUUCAACGAAGACAAUAACUUUUCGCCUUGGAGCUCUCCCAACGGGAAAGUACAAAUUAAAAGUCGACGGAGUGGAUUUUAAGAACAGCACCAAACUCCAAUAUCUGCCAAAAUCCCUCCUUUGCUUCAUUCAGACCGACAAGAGAAUCUACAAACCCGGAAGUGUGGUGAGAUUUAGAGUCUUGCUCUUGAAGGCUGAUCUGAGACCUUCGAAGACUCUGAAGAAAGCCAACGUGGCGAUCUUUGAUAGCAACAACUUGAAAAUAAUGGAAUGGAAUGAAGUUGAUCUGAAGCAUGGAGUUUUUUCGUCUGAUCUUCGCCUCUCGCAGGAUAUCUCCCUGGGAUGGUGGACAAUUGAAGCUAAAGCAGCAAAAAUGAAAACUGACGAAGUCUUUACGCAACGUUUUGAAGUUGCAGAGUACAUUCUACCCAAAUUCAAAGUUGAGAUUCAGUCGGAAAAAUUCAGUACCUUUGCAAAAGGACGCUUCAAGUUCAACAUUAAGUCUGAGUACAACUACGGGAAGCCAGUUAAGGGGAACUAUACAGCUGUUGUUAGUCUCAAGCCCUAUAUUGGUUUCCCCAAAAUUCCCAUUGCAACGAAAACUGGCCCAAUAGACGGUUCAACGGAAAUGGAAUUUAGUUUUGAGAAAGAUCUUCAUUUGAAGCAGAAAUUCGAUCGAAUCUUUGUUGUUGACGUCACAGUUCAGGACUCCUUGACGGGAUUUAGGCAAAAUGCAACGGAAGAGUUGGGAGUUUAUGUUGCAAAACACGAAAUAAGCUUCCAAAGUCCUCCGGAUUACUUCAAACCCGGCCUCAAUUACAACGUUGUUGUUUCUGUGAAGCAUCACGACGGGUCAGCCGUACAAGGCAGUAAGGAUAGCAAUGUGACGCUUCUUUACGGAUUUGACUACGAAACCGCUGAGGAAAACUUCGUUAAUUUGACUCUGACAAAACAAGGACUAGCCUAUGGAGGUUUCACAGUACCGCGUGAAGUAAAGAAGCUGUACGUCAAGGCACAAUAUGAAGAUGCAAAUGUAAUUCUUCCUCAUAUUCUACGGGCUAGAUCAAAGAAAAAACGCUUUAUUCUUGCAAAUUUAAUCACAAAGAACCCUACAGUUGACUCAACGUGUAUUGUUGAGGUUUCAACGACACACCGGCUAAGCUACCUCGUCUAUCAUCUUGUUGCAAGAGAUAAUCUCGUUCAUACGGCAACGGUUAACUUCUCAACAGACGGCAGCCUCAGGAUUUCCUUCAAAGUAACUCCAGAAAUGGUUCCAACGGCAACUUUUCUCGUCUAUUACGUCGCUAACACGGGAUACCUGAUCUACGAUCGUUUAGUGAUCAAUUUUGGCCUUCGUACCACUUUUGAUCUCAAAGUUUCUCACACUGAAGCUGCUCCAGGGCAGGAAGUGCUCAUCUCUAUUGUAUCAGACAGCCCGGGAUUUGUAAAUCUCAUGGCAGUUGAUAAGAGUGUCCUGGAGAUGCAUCAUGAGAAGCACAUGCUAACGGAGAAGAGAAUUGCCGCGACUCUUGAGGACUUUGUCAAGUACAAUCCACUGCAAAUUGUUCGGCGGAGUUUGAGGAGAUACCCAAGGAAGAAGCACUUUAAGGAAUUCGAAGAUACAGGCUUGAUUCUCAUGACAAAUGUUCGACGAGGCGGGAAGAAACCCGGAUUUAGUCAAUCUCUCGCAAUUGAUGAGGAAGACAGCGAAGAUGAGGAAGAAGAUGAAGACAUUGAAGAACAAAUUAGUCAAAAAGACGUUACAAGUGGCACAGCUGAAGAAAUAACUCCAAGGAAGUAUUUUCCAGAAACCUGGCUCUGGUGGGACGUUGUGACCAAGAGCAAAAGGGAGUUGUUGAUCAAAGUUAAAGUUCCAGACAAAAUUACAGGAUGGGUUUUAACGGGAUUUGCCGUUGACAAGGAUACAGGACUCAGUUUAGUUCCACAUCCUGUCAAUGUUAACGUCUUCCAGGCCUUCUUCAUCUCAACUAGCCUCCCGUAUUCAGUUAAACGUGGAGAAAUUAUAACAAUCCCCAUUGUUGUCUUUAACUACUUGAACGAAACAAAACCCGUUGAAGUAAUCUUCCGGAAUAUUCAGAGAGAUUUUUGCUUUGAAGACCUAUCAAUUUGCAAUGCAUCUCAGAGGCGUGAAGUACAGGCAAUGCAUCAGACGGGAACAACUGUGGACUUCCACCUAAUCCCUAAACGUCUGGGUAAAGUAAAAUUCGAAGUUGUUGCCAGGAGUGGAGAGCUAAUGGACAGGAUUGUCAGGGAACUCCUUGUUGUUGCCGAAGGGGAGGUUCAGUACUCAAAUCAAGCCUAUCUCGUUGAUCUUCACAAAAUACAUUCAGCUGCUGAAUCCUUCUCACCGCAACUUCCGGAAAACUUUGUUCCAGAUUCACUGGAAAUGCGAAUUAAUAUCAUGAAGAAUAUUCUUGCUUCAUCAAUGGAGAAUUUGGAUGAACUCGUGCCGCAUUUACCAACAGGAUGUGGGGAGCAGAAUCUCAUAACUUUCGCUCCAAAUGUCGCUGUUUUGGACUACCUUUCGAGGACACGGAAGAAGAAUGAAGAUCUCCGGGUUAGAGCUUUGAGAUUUAUGCGUCAGGCCUAUCAGAGACAAUUGAAAUUUCGCCACAAGGAUGGAGCUUUUAGUGCUUUUGGGAAGGCUGAUGAAGUUGGGAGUAUCUGGUUAACUGCCUACGCAGCAAGGACCUUCCUCUGGGCAUCGAGGUACAUAACAGUUGAUCGCAAAGUUACGGACAAAGCCCUCAAAUGGCUGAGUCAGCAACAAAUUGAAGAUGGUAGCUUUAGAGAAUACGGAAUCUCUAUAAGGAUCUUCGACAGAGAAAUGUUUACAGCUGAUACAAACCGGGUUGGUAUGACGGCUUUCACUAUUCUUCCUUUUGUGGAAACGGGAGCAGGAUGGGCAAAGUAUGCAGCAACACUUGAUAAAGCGUUCAGCUACAUUGAACAAGAGUUUGAAAACGUUGAUAACGUCUAUUCACUUGCAUUAGCAGCCUAUGCGCUUCAGUUCUAUGAAGGAAAUAUCCGCGAACGAGCCCUGAAUGCCCUGAAUGAGAAGGCAAAGCGCGAUCGUGGCAAGAUCUGGUGGGAGAGCAAUAGCAAUGGAAUAAAUCUGUCAAUUGAGAGUACAGCUUAUGGGCUACUAGCUAACCUAGCUGCAGAUCAUAUUUCUGAAUCCGUAGGAGCUACAAAAUGGCUAAUUUCGCAGAGAAAUUCCCGCGGAGGCUUUACCUCAACUCACGACACAGUUCUAGGUCUCUAUGCUCUGUCAAAAGUUGCUGAGAAGUUAGAAUUUAGCAGCAACAGCAUCAACUUCACCGUAAAUCAGUUAGACAUUAAAACCUUCACAAAUAUGAAGUCAAUUAAAAUUAAUCCUGGACUGAGGAAUGUCACAGUGAGAGCUUCCGGGCAGGGAUACGCUAUCAUUGAGUUUGCUACAAAAUACAACGUGGGAACAGUUCAGAAGUUCUCUCAAAUUGAUUACUUUGCACUUGAGAAGAAAGUCAGAUUUUUAGGGACGCACGAUAACUUCCUUAAUUUAACCUUCUGCACACGCUUCAAUCCACCCACAAAAUCCAUGCUUCAGAGCAAUAUGACAGUGAUGGAGAUUGUCCUGCCGAGUGGACAUAGAAUAGACAGGGAACAGCUGAACUUACUCACCAGUAUUGAUGCAUUCAAGAAGGUUGAACUGAAGAAUGGCGACACGAAGGCCAUCAUGUACUUCUGCGAGAUGACUGAGCGGGACGUCUGUCCCACACUGAUGGCCUACAAGACUCACCGUGUUAAGCGAGCUCAUCGAGGUCGUAUCUCCAUCUAUGAUUACUACAAUCCUCGUAAGUUUCCAAAAUCCUCUUUAUUGCUUAAGCAACGAAUUUUUCCUCGUCUUUGUUUUCUCGUUUUGCAGGCAUCAUCAACAGGGAAUUCUUCUGAUGCACGGAUACUCCAGUCCAAGACUUAACUGAUGUGUUUUCCUUUUGUAAACUAGAUAUUAGUAAAAAAAAAGUUGUCUCCCAAAGUUUGGCCUUUACAGGAAUCUUGCAAGCAAUGAGCAGACGAUGAGAACAGCGAAGGAAUUGAGGAUGGCCGAUGCAGCGCCAACAGCUGAAGGAUUAUCAAGGGGGCUUCCUGGUUCACGUCCUGAUGUCUGCUGUUGUGCUUUAGGCGUGCACGAGUCCCCACAGUCGUCUCCUUCGCAAAUAUCACACAAACUUGCCGGAUUAGCUGAAUAGAAUUGCCUAG